AUGGAGAAAAGAAGAAUUAGAAGACUAAAAUUUGCAGAACUUCGUAGAGCAAGAGAAGAGCAAAUGGACACUAUUAAUAGAGCAAUUGACAAUAACAGUGAAAUUAAGAAAAAUGGAAUAGAAUAUAUAAAACAUUUCGUUGAAGAAAUACAAUCAACAUUUACAGGGUUUGAUAAUAAAAUGACCGAAGAGUUUAUCAUAUCAGACCAUGAAGGCACAACUCUGAUGCUGCAACAUUAG